CCAAAGAGGCAUUAUUAAGAAAAUAGAUUUUUCUCACAGUCCGUGAAGGUAUCGUCCGUCGCCUUCUAAUGACGCACUAAAGCCUCGACUCGCGGUGGACUCGUUUGUUUACAUGCCUUCGUCUUGAGAAAGCUGCGUUUUUUAUUUAUACUUUUAAAAUGUCAGGAAACACGGAGCAACGGGAAAAAAUACAUAAAGUAAAGAUGAUAAAUAUUCACAGGAAACACCUGAAGUCUGACUAUGAGGAGCUGCUGAGCCGAUUCCAGCAAACCGACACUGUUCGAUUCGAGAUUUUCUCCAAAAUAUGGAGAGAAAUGAAGUUUGCAGAGAUUUUCUAUGGGACAGUGAGACACGAGAGGCGAGCGUUCAGUCGUCUAGCUCUGGAUGUGGCCAGCAGCUUCUUCCUGCCGCCGUUCAGCUUCCAGAUCCGUGUCGGAGGUCUGUACCUGCUCUACGGACUGUGGACCUGUCAGCUGACGUCGCCCUCAGAGCAGAUCCGUCUGGCGCUGAAGGACUGGGAAGACGUCCAGAAGUUUGAGAAGGACGCCGUGGACGCUCAGCACCUGGACGUCGUUUACAUCUUCCGAAAGCUCAUGUCCCAGAAGGCCUUUCACUUCACAGCCAUGCCCGGCCUGCUGUCGUUCAAGAAGCAAAGGAAGAUCGAGCGCUCGAUGGCAUGUGAGGAGUUCAUGGAGCGAGCAUCUCGUCCACAGGAGCUUAUCAACAACGAUCUGCUGGAGGAGCUGUCCAACAUUCAUGAACUCUACAACAACCUGAAGACGUCUGUCUGUCCCAAGUCAGAGGAAACGAAUUCGUCCGUCCAUCUGAUCCACCAAAACCUGGUUCCUCAGCUUCAGGACACUGUGAUGGACUUCUACAACUGGCAGCAAAUGAAGGAUGGUCCCGAUGAAACAGAAGCAGAUGAAGACAGUGGCGAGGGGACGUCGUCUCAGCACCAGAGCUCCAGAAGAGCCGAGCUCCUCGCCUCCAUCAAGUCAAAGGCAUAUGGACAAGCAGCAGAGGCCUCUAAGUCACGUCGUCAUCGUCAGGUGGAGUUGGACGUGACCGCCAACAAGGCUGGCCCCGACCACACAGAAGGUGACACCAAGAAAAGAAAGCUGUCACUCAAAUGCAGAACCACUAAGAAUGUGCAUAUUUCAGGUGACAUUUGGAAAGAAUCCACGACAUUCACUCAGAUCAACCGUCUCACCAAGUUGGACUCAGUUCCUGAAGAAAAAGAAAAAAGAGCUGGAGCAGACUGAAGUGAAGAAGAGGAUGCUACAGAGCCCUGCUUUUAUAUAUUUUAAGAUGCUUUUAUUUUAUUUUUGCACUGAAUUGUUGUAAAGUUGUAAAAAAAAAAAAAAAAAAAAAUCCUUAUUAUUGUUUUGACACUGGAAUGUGUUUGUUAAAAAUGACUUUUUUUUUUUUAACUGCACUGUCUUUGCUGUCUCUCAUAAUGAAGAAAAAAUAUAAAUGAGCUGAGCUUCCACAACUUGUUUAAAAUGCUGAUGGAUGUUGACAGGAAAACAUAAAAUCCUCCACCUUCCACCUUUAAUCUGCUGUUUAUAUCUUGUGACUUUUUUCAAUAUGAAUAUACCUCUUUGUACCAAACUAAGUCUGUGAAAACAUGGUUUUACAAAAGAGUUUAAUGUUGAAAAAACUGUCCUCACAAGAUGUUCAUCUCUUAGAGUCUGAGUGUUGAAACAUUUUAUAAAGUUCUCUGUUUUAUAUUAAAAUCAUUUUUUUCCGUG